UCCUCUCGCCCUCGCACUAGCCGCCGGCCGUUCCCUCGCCGCCGGCUCCACCACACCGCCGCGGCGCCAUGCUCCAUCUACGCAGCCGCGUCAUCGCCCAUCUCGUCUCAUGUCCAGCGACCUCUCCCGCAUCCCCUCUCCGCCGCCUCAUCUCCGCCGUCUCCCCAAGCCCUGCCUUCGGCUUCUCGGUGGAGGAGUACCUCGUCACCACGUGCAGCCUCACCGGACCCCAGGCCGUCAAAGCCUCCGCCAAGCUCUCCCACCUCAAAUCACCAUCCAAUCCCGACGCAGUCCUCGCGUUCCUCGCCGGCCUCGGCCUCUCCGGCGCCGAUGUCGCCGCGGUCGUCGCCAAGGACCCGCAGCUCCUCUGCGCCGGUGUGGAGAGAACCCUGGCCCCCAACGUCGCGGGGCUCACCGGCCUCGGUCUCUCACGCUCUGAGAUCGUGCGCAUGGUCUUGCUCUCCCCUGACAGAUUCCGCUGUAAAUCCAUCAUCUCCAAGCUGCAGUACUAUUUGCCUCUCUUUGGGUCCUCUGAGAACCUCCUCCGGGCCCUCAAGAGGAGCUCCUACCUUCUCUCGUCUGACCUCGACGGCGUGGUCAAGCCAAACGUCAAGUUGUUGCGGGAGUGCGGGCUAGGUGCUUGUGAUAUUGCCAGGCUCUGCAUAGCUAGGCCAUCCCUGCUCAGCAUCAUCACGGAACGCAGCAAAAACAUCAUCCCCAAGCUGCACUACUACUUGCCUCUCUUUGGGUCCUCUGAGUACCUCCUCCGGGCCUUCAAGAGCAACUCCUACCUUCUCUCGUCUGACCUCGAGGGUGUGGUCAAGCCCAACGUCACCUUGUUGCGGGAGUGCGGGCUAGGUGCUUGUGAUAUUGCCAAGUUGUGCAUCUCAACACCGAGGUUGCUCACCACCAACCCCAAGCGUGUCCAGGCGAUUGUGGCAUCCGCUCAAAAUAUAGGUGUGCCCCGUGGUUCUAGGAUGUUCAGGCACGCGCUGCAUGCUGUUGCAUCUUUCAGAGAGGAGGAGAUAGCAGCCAGAGUGGAGUACUUGAGGAUCACGUUCAGGUGGACGGAUGAUGAGGUGGGCUUUGCUGUUUCUAGGGCUCCAAUGGUGCUGACGAGGGCUAAGGAAUCGCUGCAGCGCACGUCCGAGCUCCUCAUCUCCGAGGUGGGGUUGGAACCGGCAUACAUUGCUCAUCGGCCGACACUGCUCACUUUCAGCCUGAAGGGCCGGCUAAGGGCCCGACACUAUGUUGUAAAGUUUCUUAAGGAAAAUGGAUUGCUAGGUCGCAACCGGGAUUACUAUUCCGCAGUCAAGAUAACCGAGAAGGAAUUUGUGGAGAAGUUCAUAUGCCCUCACAAGGAAGGUGCACCACACCUGGCUGAUGAUUAUGCGGCAGCCUGCAAAGAUGAAGUGCCGACUAGAUUCAGAUUUAUAUGAACCAAGACUGGUCAGAAAAUUCAUAACUGCAUAUGACAGGACAAAAUUUUUCACUCUUCGUAUUAGGCUAUUCAUUCCUGAUUCAGUGUUGUUGGCCUAACUGAAUGGUGGUUGGCUGCUAUCUAUAAUUUAUAGUAUGUCUGUUACAUGCUCAUUUGGUGGUGCUAAUUCAGGAUGAAACUGAUAUUUUUUUUA